AUGCACGCCUCGCAAAAGAAGCCCGCACUCGCCUCGUGCCUCUUGGCCCAGUCAUCCAGAGGCGCGGACCUGCAUACCCACAGCAAAGCCAACUGCAAAGCCGACUGCAAAGUCACUCUCUGCAUGGCCCUCGAGCCCUUCUUGGAAGGCCCUAGUCCAUCACCACCAUCUCGAUCGUCAUCACCGUCCGCGAAAGCGCAAUUAGUGCCCGCUGCUCUUUCUAACCAACCGCAACGCAUCGGCAUCACUCCGAUAGUACACGCACAGCGCCGAUUGGAGGUCGCUCCUAGCGCCGUCACCAGCGGCCCCUCCGACACCCCAACACGCACAAUAGCCCUUCAGACUCAAACUCGACCCGGAGCUUCGCAUCGGAAGCCACUCCCAUCGCUCGUCUCGAUCGGCCCACCCGGUCCUGAAGCCCGCACAACAUCCGCACACUCUGCACGUGCGAUAAACCUCCCGUCGGAGCUUUCAGAUAGGCUUGACGCUUCAUCCGAAAGACGCGUUUGCCAAGGCGCUCCCGGACCGGUCAGCGACCUGCGCUCGAUCGCAUCCCGCUGA